GACUAAUAAGUGAGGUGCGGUGCUGUUCAAAGGUCUGCAUCUACUUGGAACCACUGUCAGCGCCGAAAAUUCAGAAUGGGGCGAUGAGGACCUUCGGAGCCGCAAGAUCAGUGCUCGCUCCCCGGCCCCAGUGUUGGCUACCGUGCUUCCCCGUCUGCCGUCAGGCCAGCACCAGCGCUGCGAGUAACGUCGCAUUUAUACAUUCUGAGCCGCAGCUCAGCACCUUGCUACGCCCUCAAGAUACAUCUCGCGCCCAGAUCUCAUGCGAGCCCGUACGAGAGCGAAGAUCUCGCUCUAGAGGCUCGCAUGCACCCCGCAACCCAGACCCACCACCAAUAGCUGCGUCUAUAUCUGCGAGCUCCUCGUCUUCAACUCCUGCUCCUCGGCGUAUCAAAAGCCUCGAUGCUGCUCUCGACAGCCUGCCUCCCGCUGUCGUUGCGCGCCCCCCUCAUACGGGCCGCAACGGCCUCGCCUACCUCCUCCGUCUCCCCGCGACAACAUCGUCCCUUGGACGGCUCCUCCCAGCCGUCACUUGCUCCAUCGAGCCGAGUGUGACGGCAUACGAUCGCCGCCUCCGCGCGCUGGGCUGGUACGCGCAAGCUGCUCAGCGCGCUCACGCGUUGACGUUCAUUCGGCCUGUGGUUGACGAGGGAUUGAGGGUGCUCACAGCCAUUUCAGAUCUCGAACGACGACGGAGCGACAUAGUCGAUCGCACAAUUUCCCGAUACCAUCGGUUUCUUCGUGCUCUAGCAGGGGGGAGCAACGCCUCUGCUCUUCCCAACGCACUGCAAGAGGAGCUGGGACGUGUCGUCGGCGUCCUCACAUCCAGCCUCGAGAGCAUGACACCACCAGCGAAUCUCGCUGUCAGGCCCGCCAGUUUCAACGCCCUGCUCUCUCCACGCUUCCUCGUUCCCGCCACACUCGCACCUGUCCUUGCUCACGUGAAUAACACGCGCAUCGCACUCUCGUCCAGCCAGUGGCUGGCCGUGGCAACCGUCAGCCUAGCGUCCGGCAGGCAGCAGGAUGCGCUAAACGCGCUUGCUCAGUCCGCCGGCGGUGGCUCCUCGGCAAGCCACCGUCUCAUGGCAGCUGAAGGGGCAGCGUCACUCGCCGAGGCUGUCGAGUUGCUGCAACCGAUUGUCGCGAGCAUGCCCGUCGACACUGACUCGAACAUUGACGGCGCUAGACCCCAGGCCGCUGCAGCGGCGGACGCUGUACAAGAGGGUAUGGACUUGGACACCUCCCGACGUGCAUGGUCCAUCCUGCUGUCCCGCGCCGCGAACAACGACGGCGUGUCUGCUAAGCAGCUGUCGGCGCUUGCGGCCCAAAUCCCAGAUGCUAUGAUUGUCGGCCACACCAUCACACCCGUGAUGCACGGCCUAGUUAGACGUGGCGACCUUGUAGCUGCGCGCCGGAUUUGGCGCGACCUUCAAAAUAGCUAUCAGGCCGCCACAGACAGCGGGAUGCGCGCUGCUCUCAUCGAUGCAGCAGCACUCUCGGUGGGGGCUGAGGUGCAGUUUGCCCGGCCAGAUGGGCUCGUCCAUGCCCUCAAGGCCGUGGACUUCUACGCCUGGCGACCGCAGCAGGGGCACAAGGUUGAGUCCCCGCGACCGGCAGGCGGCCGUGCGGUGCGGCUUGAUACGCAGUCACUGAACUUGCUCAUCUCGCUUGCGUCACGAGACGGCAAGCCCGGCGUUGCGUUUCGGCUUUGGGAGGCAGCGCGCGAUCGCUGGGGUGUGAUACACGACGAUAUCACUCUGACCAAUCUUAUUGAGUGUGCACGGACGUGCGUCGAGAGCGGCUUCGACCCCGGCAUGGACACUCUCCGUGGACGACUACGAGCGUUAGCUUCGGCGCUACACUCAGCUCCCACGUACCAGAAGAAGGAGGUCGACUGGCGGGUGGUGCCGCUCAAAGCGCUCCUCGAUCCCCCACGGUACAGCUGGCACGAAGAGUACGGGGGCCAGCAACCUUGGGCGCGUGCGCGCGCUCUGUUUCGUGCGGUUGUCUUAGGCAAUUGGCCUGGACUUGAACAAGUGCCGUCUCCACUUGGCGCGCGGACCUUCUUGGGAAUCGCAGAUCUCAUCGCGCCACGCGCCUUCCCCGCCCCAUCAACUUACCCCGCGCCAGCCUCCGGUGCCGUAUACGCGCACGUGAUCCCCAGCGCCAAGACGUGGGAAGCGUACAUGUCACUCCUCCGGCAGUAUGGCGCGGAAUUUGGCGACGCGGCCGCGGCCGAGGACGAGGUCGCUCGCGCGCUGGGAUGGAUGCGCGCGUUGGGUAUCAGGCCGACCUGGCGCACCGCUCUCGAGGCGCUGAUGCACGUCGGCGAGCAAGAGGGUGCACGCCGACGAGUGCGUAUCAACAAUCGCACGGUACUCGCGCGCGAUGAAGAAAUUCUUCGCGCCUGGCUCGCCGAGUGGAUCCCCGCCGUGCCAUCCGAGUCAGACGUCGCAGACUACCGCCGCCAGAUCUUUCGGUAGCACGGUGAUAACUCCCACACGCAUUUGUAGCAUACUGCCACGUUCUGUGCUACUCCCCGUUCGCCGAUGAUCGAUGGCUGACAGUUGUGAGCGCGCCUGACAGGGUCAUUCACUUCACUCGACUGAAUACCAUGCCACGCGAGCUUGUCUAACAUUACUUUGUAAACAACUGCGG